CCCCAUCAAUCUGCGACGAGGAGAGAGCAGACGCCCCGCCUAUCUUGCUCGGCAAGGCUCGCGAGGAGCCGAGUCGUAGGUCGUACGGAGCGACAUGUCACGUGGCGAGGAGAGUAGGCGGUGCUUUGGGGUGGUGAUGGCCAAUCCACGAAGGACUGAACUCUCUCCGGAGAGGAAGUUCCUGCUGUAAUAAUUAUUAUUGUUCUGCCUAUCUGCUCCUGGACUUUCUCAUGAACCGACGCGACGCGUCCAGGAGUAACGUGUUUUGAAAACCGUGGUUUUGGUAGGCAGACAUAAAGGCGGCGGCGGGCUUUGGAUUUGAUGGGGUUGUUUUGGGGACGCUGUGUGCGCAGCAUGGCCGACUUUUGAUGCGGUGCACGUUGAACUCAGUCAAGAACACUGUCUGCUCUGAAACUCGGAAUGUCGUUUUCUUUUUAAAGCAUCUGUUACAGUCAGGCACACAACAACUUGUAUGGAUGCAGUGAUGUGAGAAGAAGCCAUACCACAUCCAUUCGCUUUGCAGGUGUUCACUUCCUUUUGAGCAGCGCCCUUUCAAUGGCACAUAUCAGUAUAAACCAAUAUUUGCAGCAGGUGUUAGAAUCUAUUGACAUCAGAGAUGGACUGUUUUGUGCAGAGUUAGCCUCAUUUAAACAUCCUCAUGUUGCAAAUCCCAGACUUCAGCUUUCAUCUCCAGAAGAAAAAUGUCAGCAAGUGUUAGAGCCACCCUAUGAUGAAAUGUUUGCUGCCCACUUAAGAUGUACUUACGCAGUUGCCAACCACGACUUUGUAGAAGCUUACAAGUGCCAGACAGUUAUAGUACAAUCUUUCUUGAGAGCCUUUCAAGCACACAAAGAAGAAAACUGGGCUUUGCCUAUUAUGUAUGCAGUAGCACUUGAUCUUCGAAUUUUUGCUAAUAGUGCUGACCAACAGCUGGCGAAGAAAGGCAAAGGCAAAGUUGGUGACAUGUUAGAAAAAGCAGCAGAACUUCUUAUGAGCUGUUUUCGAGUAUGUGCCAGUGACACUCGAGCUGGCAUUGAUGAUUCCAAAAAGUGGGGCAUGUUAUUUCUGGUCAAUCAGCUGUUUAAAAUUUAUUUUAAGAUCAACAAGCUCCAUCUGUGCAAACCGCUGAUAAGAGCAAUUGAUAGUUCAAAUCUUAAAGAUGAAUACAGUAUGGCACAGAGGGUUACAUACAGAUAUUACGUUGGACGGAAGGCCAUGUUUGAUAGCGAUUUUAAACAAGCGGAAGAGUAUCUAUCUUUUGCUUUUGAGCACUGCCACCGCUCCAGCCAGAAAAACAAAAGAAUGAUCUUGAUUUAUUUGCUGCCAGUGAAAAUGUUACUGGGCCAUAUGCCUAUGAUCCAGCUUUUAAAAAAAUACGACCUUAUGCAAUUUGCAGAAGUUACAAAGGCUGUGAGUGAAGGGAACCUUCUUUUAUUGAAUGAUGCUCUGGUGAAGCAUGAAACAUUCUUCAUUCGCUGUGGUAUCUUCCUUAUCCUCGAGAAGUUGAAAAUCAUCACCUACAGGAAUCUCUUCAAGAAAGUGUAUUUGUUACUCAAAACUCACCAGCUAUCUUUAGAUGCCUUCUUGGUUGCUCUCAAAUUCCUGAAAGUCAAUGAUGUUGAUAUUGAUGAAGUCCAAUGUAUUCUAGCUAACCUUAUAUACAUGGGCCAUAUUAAAGGCUAUAUAUCACAUCAACAUCAAAAGCUUGUUGUCAGCAAGCAAAACCCAUUUCCUCCACUGUCUACUGUCUGUUGAAUCCAUUGUGACCUAGAUGGAGAAAUGCUGCUCACUGACACUGUUUACUGGAGCAGGAUGGAACCGGUCAUAAAUUUAGACCAAAUCUACUGGAGUACUCACGAGUGUUUAAGAGACUGCUGCAAGGCAAAACAUAAUUGUCUGGAUAGGUAAAAUGUGGCUUUCCUAGCUCCCCAUCCCCUGCAUUUUCCCCAAAGCUAUUCCUGACUGUCAUGGGACUUUCUCAAACAGCAUGGGAUUGGGUGGGGUGGGGGAACUGGGAGAACUUGGUGGGCCUGCCUUGCGGAAAUGUGCAAAUUGUCACUGAAUCCAAGCCAAUGACUCCUAGAAAGCUGCAGUCUUUGAAAAUUUGUUUUAUAAAUUUAUAUCUUCUGUUGAUGCCUUUUGGUUAAGGGUCUGCUCAUAAAUAUUAUUCAAGUUGGCACUGCUGAAAAUGUAUUUGUAAUGAUUUGUAUCUAAUAUUAGCUAAUUGUUUCAUGAGUAACAGGAAACAUUUUAUGUUCCUGUACUUGUGUAUUCAAACUAUCAAAAGGUGAUAGAAAAUAAGACAAUCCCCAUUUUUAUAAGAGGAUUGAAACUUUGUUUAAUUAGAGAUAUAAAAUUUUUUGUGAGGCUUGGUUUCCUCAUGCAAGUUUAGUUGUCAAGACCUACACGCUAGUUGGUGACCUCAGUUUAGUAUUUUUUUACAUUGUUGGCUGCAAUACUCAAAAUACAUUGAAUUUACAAGAAAUAAGAGUUUCCAUGGAAUGUAUAGUGUGCUUUUGUAAAAAAGUUACAUAGGUCCAUUGUGUUAAGUGUUCUAGCCCAUUUCUAUAGUACAUGUGCUAGGGAGGCACAAAAAUAUUUGAUCAUUCCAGCUGAAGAGAAUAGAAGGGUAACAGUCAAGAAUGUUUUUGGCAUAAGUACAAAUGCAUUUGAAAGUAUAGUAAGGUUUUAUACUACAAAUUUAUCAAUUUAUGAGGAUGAGAUUCCUACACAGGUAGGCAUGCACUGACCCUACAAGAUGACUGAAGAGUUGACUGAAAUCCUGUCAUGCAGACACACUCAUGAAAAUGAGCCAGAGAAAUCAAGAGGCACCCACAAUUACAACAAUUUAGCUAUUCAUACUGUGUGUUGGCUGUUCUUUGACCACAUCUUAAGCCAAGUGGAGAAAUUUUACUGUAAAGUGACAUUUCUAAUCCCUUUUAAGAUAUGCAACAAUUUUGUGAAAAUUGGACCCAUGUACUUGUGUAAGUAAAUCAACAUUCUUUAAAAAAUUGAAA